UUGUAUUCUCAAUAUUUUUUUGUUGGCAAUAGCAAAUCUAACCUCAUUUUACACGAAAUUCAAAUGGUGAAAAAAUGAAAAUAUCGCCCAAUCAUACUUUUUGAAUGAACAUUCAAAAAGUCUUCAGGCACAUUCACCGGUACCAGUUUAUAAUGAGUACUAGAAAGUGUUACCUCAGAAAUCUAUCCACAAACCACAAAAUCAACCUACUUCAUGAACAGCCAAAAAUGAUUGGUCGUAACCUAGACACCCUCGUCGAAGAUCUACUGGUGUCCAGAGAGCAGCUGAAAUGUACGGCCAAUACCGAAUCCUGUGAACUAAGCAUCACUCCUGUAGGCAGAGCUAUCUCGGGCUUAGAUGGAUAUGCUGUCACGAAAAACAGAACUUACAAUAUAGGCCACGGGCACAGGCUUGAGCUGCGAUUAGGUUUCCAUCAGUUUGAGGUGGUAUUCGAACCGCAUCCUGGGCAAGAAAACGAAGAAGUGAAAAACAAGGAAAGUGAAAACGAAAUCCCUGCCAAAAAACGGAAGAUGGACUUUCCAAUAUUUGGAACUGAAAAGGAAGUCGAGAACAAACUAUCUUUCACUGACAAAGGGAAUUGGGAAAGCAUCGAUAACAAGGAAUUGCUCAUAUUUACCCCUGAAAACAUGGAAGGGCGCUCCAAAAUUGCAGCUUUCGAUAUCGACGGCACCAUAAUAAAAACCAAAUCUGGAGCCAGGUUUCCAAAAAACAGUUCUGACUGGGAACUGAACAUGUCAGAGAUCCCUCAAAGACUGAGAAAUCUGCAGGCGGAAGGUUUCAAACUUGUUUUCUUCACGAACCAAUCAGGGGUAGGUAAAGAAUUGUCGAAAAUAUCAGAUUUCAAGUGGAAAAUCGAGAAUGUUAUCAAGAAAUUAGCUGUUCCAAUUCAGGUCUUUAUAGCUCUGGGAAGAAGCAUGUACAGAAAGCCCCUUCUUGGCAUGUGGAACGUACUGAAGGGCAAUAAAAAUGGCGGUGUUGAUAUUGAUUUAAACGAAUCGUUCUACGUAGGCGAUGCUGCAGGCAGGCAGAAGAACUGGGCCCCCAAGCGCCCCAAGGACCAUUCGCUAGCCGACAGACUGUUUGCUAUGAAUGCAGGUUUGAAAUUCUACACCCCCGAGGAAUAUUUCCUAAAAGCAAAGCCUGUUUCCUUCUCCAUGCCGGAGUUUGACCCAAGGAACUUACCUGCCGAGAAAUAUCCUGAGGUUGAUUUUGAAAGUCCGAAUGUGAUAGUUAUGGUAGGGGGCCCCGGCUCAGGAAAGAGCCACUUCAGCAAGUCGGUCUUGGUUCCCAAGGGGUACGUCCACAUCAACAGAGAUAAUCUGGGUUCUUGGCAAAAGUGUGUUAAGAUUCUACAAGAAAAUAUAGACCAAGGACGCAGUUGCGUUGUCGACAACACCAAUCCCGACAAGGAAUCGCGAGUGCGUUAUAUUGAAAUAGCAAAAAAGGCGAAAGUUCCUUGUCGUUGCUUUGUCAUGUCUACGAAUUUCCAACAAACCAAGCAUAAUAAUAGAUUCAGAGAACUGACGGAUAAAUCGCACGUUCCAGUUAAUGAAAUAAUCAUCAACGGCUUCAAGAAGAAGUUUGAAGAGCCUGAUGUAUCCGAAGGGUUUGAGGAGAUCAUCAAAGUUCCUUUCGUUCCCGAGUUCCAAAACACGGAACAUGAGAAGCUGUACAGAAUGUUUCUUUUAGAAAAGUAAACUUUUAUAUUUUU